AUACAGCUGCCGCGUGAGCGUGUGGUGUGAACUCUUGGGGGUUUCCGGGGCUGGGGAGCUGGAAGCAGAAGUCCCCCCCCCCCGCAGGACACGCAGCCCGUGGGGGACGAGGGACGGACGGACGGUGCCGCUCCCCGGGCCUGGGGCUGAGACCCGGGUUCACCUGCUGAAAUGGGAUGUCCCAGUGUAAAUGAGACCUGCACAUCAGGUACGACUCUCCCCACGGAAGUGCCCGCUCAGGAGAGGGGUGAUCCCAGCCCGGGGACCCUGUGGCAGGACAGCCUGUGGGGUAAGGAAUGCUGCAUCCCGUUGUGGGGAGUCGCCACCGCGGCAGGUGGGGGGUUUGUCAUGCUGGUUCUGAUCCUGGUGCUGUCUGUCUGCCUGUGCCGGGCCAGGAGACGAGUAAAGAAGCUGGUGGCUUGGAAGGACGGCGCGGAGCUGGAGGACCCCGACGUGCAUUACGCCUCCCUGCAGAAUUUGGCCUCAGCCCAGGUCGGGGAGCAGGAGCCGGAGCCCCCCGGCCCCCAGCACACGGACUACGCCACCGUGGCCGAAGUGAAGGGCCUGGCCGAGGAGGGGGGGGAAGGGGAGGCCUGGCCAGAUCGGGGCGCGGACCCUGGGGAGCUCGUGCAGGACCCCCAGGAAGGGGAGGCCUGGCCAGAUCGGGGCAGGGACCCCGGGGAGCUCAUGCAGGACCCCCAGGAAGGGGAGGCCUGGCCAGAUCGGGGCAGGGACCCCGGGGAGCUCGUGCAGGACCCCCAGGAAGGGGCAGCCGCCCACUGAGCCGAAUUGGCGGGGGUGGGGCAA